AUGCCCAAGCGGAAAGUCGGGAGGUCGGGGGCUGAAGCCACACUAGGGCAAGGGGAGUGUUCGAGACCCUGGCAGGGCACUCUGCCUCCCCCUAUGCCUAAAACAGUAGGCUGGCCUUGUGUUGACCCUCCUCCCCCCCCCAUUCUGGGGUUGGAGGAGGUGGGCGACGAGGUCGACGUGGAGACGGUCUUCUCUGACUACGAUGACCUGUCUUGUGGGCAAAGUGGGGGCGGUGCAGAAGAUGGAAGCUCUUCGACCCCACAUUUCAAUGAGGUUAUUGGCAGGGCAGCCAGGGCUCUGGGUGUGGCCCCCCCUGACGACCUUAUGGCGCCCACCUCUCGGUUUGAGGAGGUCGGGGAGGUCCGCCCCGUACCGGUACGGGUGCCCCUCCUACCGGACUUCGAGGAACUGGUGUGCGGUCAGUUUGCUUCACCAGCAGCCUCGCAUAGGUGGUCCUCGUCAUGUCGCAGGUUUUCGGACAUGACUGACAGGGAGCGUGUCGCCUGCGGGCCGCUCCCUCAGAUAGACCCGGCUCUCUCUCCUCUCAUUUCUCCCUCCGGCUCCUUUCUUGGCAAAACCUCCUGUCCCAGUAGGAAUUGUAGACUCAUGGAUGACCUGCUGGGCAAGCUGCACAGAGCUAUGGCUACCCAGACCCGUCUGUCGAAUACAGGGGCUAUCAUGUCCCUCUACCUUCGUGACCUGUCCAAGAAAGUGCAGGAGGGUCCCGGGGGUUCCGAUGUUGCGGACGCCACUUAUGGCUGUCCCAGUCUCAGCUCCAGCAAAGGGAUCGGGACUGUUUGGUCAGGUUGCCAGUGGAACCUUCGGCCAUGUUUGGUUCGAAUGCGGCUCAGCUACUGCAGCAGGCACGGGAGAAUCGCUGCACCGCACAAGAGGUGUCAGGCUUCUCCAGGCGCCCCAGGGGCUCCAGGCGGGCUAGAACAGCCGUCCGUCCUCUCGAGGCCCCGACAUGGGGUACAGGGGACCUCAGGCCCCAGCUGGAGGCUUUUCGUCGGCGUGACUCCCGCCAUCGGGGGAGGAGGGGGGGCUCGGCUCAGGGGUCCUCCAAGCGCCCGCCCCCCUCCUGACUAUCCCAAGACCCCGGCCUGCCAGCUGCCCCUGUCGACGGUCCGCUACAGGGACGCUUGGGCGGCUUUGGGGGCGGAUCCAUGGGUGGUUUCCACCAUGACCCAUGGCUACCGCUUGCAAUUUUCAUGCAGACCCCCUUUGGCGAGGUUGGCCACCUUCACUACUGUGACCAACCAUCAACAUGCAGAGGUGAUGCGGGGGGAGUUGUCCUCCCUCCUGGAAAAACACGCCAUAAGGGAGGUGAAGUGCGGGGACCACCGGGCUGGGUUUUUCUCCCGCUACUUCCUGGUCCCCAAGCGGGAUGGGGGACUUCGCCCGAUUCUGGACCUCAGGGUGCUCAACAAACAUCUGCGGCCCCUGAGGUGCAGGAUGUUGACGAUCCCCAGGGUGCGGCAGGCCGUUACCAUGGGGGACUGGUUUGCCACUGUGGACCUCAAAGAUGCGUACUUCCAGAUACCCAUCUGGCCGGGGCACUGGCGGUUUCUGAGGUUCGGCUUCGAGGGCAGACGGUACGAGUUUCAGGUCCUGCCUUUCGGCAUAUCCCUGGCUCCCCGGACGUUUACCCGAUGCAUGGAUGCGGUCCUCGCGCCCCUGAGGCUGCAGGGGCUCCGCAUCCUCAAUUACCUCGACGAUUGGCUGGUCUGUGCGGCCUCGGAGGAGCUCUGCCACCACCAUGUGGCCCUGCUCCUGGAGCACAUUCAGGCCCUGGGUCUGCGCCUGAAUUACAGAAAGAGCAAGCUCCAGCCUUCUCAGGUGACGACCUUCCUGGGUACGGUUCUGGACUCCAGGAGGGCGGUUAUCACGCUGACCCAGGAGAGGCAGCAGGCCUUCUCGGCCUGCCUCGGCCACUUUCAGCUGCGCUCUCGGGUCAGCUGGGGACUCUGCCUCCGUCUCAUGGGCCUGAUGGCAGCCAUGGUGCAGGUGGUCCCUCUUGCCCUCCUGUAUAUGCGACCCGUCCAGCGCUGCCUGCUGGGCCUGGGCCUGUGCCCUCAGAUGUCCCGCCGGAUCACGGUUGUGGUUUCUCGGAGGCUCCACAGGGCCCUCUCCUGGUGGAGGGAUCCGGCCAAUCUGGCAAACGGGAGUGCUCUGGGACCGGUGGUGUAUCGCCAACUGGUAUUCACAGACGCAUCCCAAAUAGGCUGGGGCGCUGUCCACGAAGGCUGCGGGGUCAACAACCGCUGGAGCGGUCGCUGGAUGUCCCAGCACAUAAACGUCCUGGAGCUGAAGGCUGUCCUCUUGGCACUCAGAGAGUUCCUGCCAAGACUGAGGGGUCACCAUGUCAUUGUCAGGACCGACAGCACAGUAGCAGCGGCCUACAUCAACAGACAGGGGGGUCUGGGCUCCCCUGUCCUAUGCAAGCUGGCAACCACGCUGUGGCAGUGGGCUCACCCCCUCUUCUGUUCGCUCAGGGCUGUGCACGUGCCGGGACCGUUGAACACAGCAGCGGACCUCAUGUCGAGAGGAGGGCCGACACCGGGGGAGUGGAGACUCCAUCCUCAGGUGGUCGAGGAAAUCUGGCGUCGUUUCGGCAGGGCGGACGUCGACCUGUUUGCCUCCAGGGAGUCGACGCAUUGUCGCCUGUUCUUUUCCCUGAAGAACGACAAUCCUCCCUUGGGGUGGGAUGCGCUGGCGCACCCGUGGCCUCGGGGCCUCCUCUACGCCUUCCCUCCGUUCACUCUCCUCCAGCCUCUCCUUUACAGGAUUCGGGCGGAGGGGGCGAGGGUGAUUCUGGUGGCUCCUCUUUGGCCCCACAUGCUGUGGUUCUCUGCAAUCCCACAUCUCCUGGACGGCACGCCAUGGGUUCUCCCGCUUCGGCGAGACCUGCUGUCCCAGGCGAGCGGAGCCCUGUUCCACCCCUUCCCAGCGGGGCUCAGACUGGUGGCCUGGCCCCUGAGAGGGACGGGCUCCUGGCUUUAG